AUGAUAUCCAUCAUCACGGCCAUGAGCUUCAGCUCCACUGGUGGAGGAACGGGCCAAAAGUUCACAUAUGCUACAACCGUGGUUGCGGGUGUUGCGUCUCUUGCAGCAACAGCUCUAUCUGUCGUGUCAAUUUGGCUGCAAACCAAAAACUACCGAAAACCUCUACUCCAACGAUAUGUCGUCCGAAUCUUGCUGAUGGUGCCCAUCUACUCCAUCGCGUCCUUUACGAGCAUGGUCUCCCUGAGCGCUGCCGCAUUUAUCGACCCUAUUAGAGACAUAUACGAAGCAUUUACAAUCUACACCUUCUUCCAAUUGUUAAUCAACUACCUUGGUGGUGAACGUUCCCUCAUCGUCAUGACUCAUGGCCGGGCUCCCGUUGAACAUUUGUGGCCACUCAACCACGUGCUGCGUAAAGUCGAUAUAUCCGAUCCUCAUACAUUCCUGUCGAUCAAGCGUGGUAUUCUGCAAUACGCGUGGCUCAAACCCAUCCUGGCCGUCGCUACUAUUGUGAUGAAAGCAACCGGGACAUACCAGGAAGGGUACAUCGGUGCUAAAUCUGGUUAUCUCUGGAGCGGAAUCAUAUACAACGUCAGCGUAACUCUCAGCUUAUACUCGCUGGGCCUCUUUUGGGUUUGCAUGCAUCAUGACCUGACACCUUUUCGGCCGGUUCCUAAAUUUCUCUCCAUCAAGCUCAUCAUAUUUGCAUCCUACUGGCAAGGGUUUUUCUUGUCCAUUUUGGUCUGGCUUGGCGCUAUACCCGAUAAUGUCGAGGGCUACACAAGAGACAACCUGGCGGCCGCUAUACAGGAUGCCUUGAUCUGCAUUGAAAUGCCCGCAUUUGCAGUCGCUCAUUGGUACGCAUUCUCUUGGUAUGACUUUGCGGACAAUAGUAUCCUGUCGGCCCGAAUGCCGCUGAGGCAUGCUCUAAAAGACUCCUUUGGUAUCAGGGAUCUUAUUGAAGAUUCCAAGGAGACGUUUCGGGGGAGUAAAUAUCAGUAUCGAGCAUUCGAUUCGGGGGACAAGGUUAUGGCCCACGAAGACUCGGACUCACGUUUCGCCAGGCUGCGAGAAGGCAUGCGGUACGAGAGAGGAGGAAAGGGAAAAUACUGGCUGCCGAAACCCAGCGAGAUCAAUGCCACUUCGCCAAGUGAUAUCCAUGUAACCUCCCCGUUGCUUGGUGGGCCUAGCUCCAGUCGAGGCAAUGCAAUUGGCGACCAAACAAACGGCACGUUUGACGAACCUGAGCUGGACGAUGACGAAGAGCACCUAUAUAGUUCGGCUCGGGAGCUAGAGUAUGGCGACUGGAAUUACCCCGUCAUCGCCGCCAGCGAACCGCUAGCCGAGCGAUAUAGGCCAUCAAGAAGCAGCAGCAACGGGGGCAGGGCUCAAGCAUGGGAGACGGGCCCCGUCAGACCACGGAGCGGUCCCGAAUCAUCAAGCAGCCAGCCACAGCCUUCACCGUCACAGGAUGCAGAGGAGCCUCAACCGGUAGUGGUAAUUAAAAAGAAGAAGAAGGCCAAAAAGGUGGUAAAACACCGCCAACCAGAGCCGGCGGACCUUGGCCUGGGAAAGGGUCCCCCCUCUUCGUCUGCGGUCGCUGAGGGCUCGAAGAGCGUGCAAAGCCCCGAGACAGAUGAGACAAGACAAUGGGGCGACUCUACUGCAGAUGAGAGGCAGAACUCCCAUCCCAGGUACCAAGUGGAUGCCAGUGAGGCGUUCCGCAAUGUAUGGGGGGGUGAAGAAUAG